UUCUUUUCUUUCUUCUUCUCUUCUUUCUCUUCCUUCUUUUACAGCAUUUUUAUGGUGCCCAUUCUUCUUUCUCUUUGCAAUUUGCAUCAUUUCUUAAUCUUAUAAUCAAUAAUUAAUCCAAACCCAAUUAAUUAAUCACAAUUUCUUUUUGCUUGUUAAUUGGGAUUUGCCACUUAUUCAAAAAGAUCUCUCAAAUCCCCUAACCCUAACUACCAAAUCUUCUUCUUUUAAUUAUUUUUUUCUUAUUUACCGAACCAAAUCUUCUUGAAAUAAAACUUUUUUGAUCUCCUCCAUGUUUCCAUUUCAAAGUGGUGAGUUAUCUUUUCAAAUUUCCAAUGAUUUAGAAAACAAUAAUAAUAACAAUAAUAUUACUACUAAUACAAAUACUAAUUUUCUUUUUGAGCACCAUAUUAGUAGUACUAAUGCUGCAGUUGCAGCUGGUACUACUACUACGAAUAUUGACCCCGUUCAUCAACCUCAUUAUGGUGUUGAUUCUAAACUCAAGAGCCCAAAAACACGAAAACUGCGAUCCGGGAAGUCUGUCCAGGAUAAUAAGAUUAAUAAUGAAGAUGAGAUCAAAGGAAAUGAUAUUACUAACAAGAAGGUUAUUCAUCGAGAAGUCGAACGACAACGAAGGCAAGAAAUGUCCAAUCUUUAUUCUUCCCUUCGCUCCCUCCUUCCGGUAGAGUAUGUUAAGGGAAAAAGAUCGGUAUCGGAACACAUAACCGAGGCUACAAGGUACAUCAAAGACUUGGAGAAGAAUGUAAAGGAGCUAGGAGAGAAAAGGGAUAGUCUUAAAGACACAUUUUCUUCAUUAGAAAAUCGACGAAAUAAUAAAAGAGAGAAUAACAAUGUUGGAUGUUCAUCAUCAAGUAGUACAACAUCUACUACUUCAAGAAGUAGUAGUAGUUGUAGUACUAGAGAUUAUAAUGUCAACAUUCAUAAAUUUUCUAAAACACUUCAGAUUGAGAUAACAGCCGGGGUUGAAGAGGAUGAUCCAUGUCCUAUAUCGAAAACUCUCAAAGUGUUAGCUCAAGAAGGCCUUGAUGUUGUUAGUUGUGUUUCUAAUAAAGUUAAUCAGAGGUGGAUUUAUGUGAUUUAUUGUGAGGUUACUGAAGAAACAGCCGUCGAUUCGUGUCAUUUGCGAGAGAAAUUGAUGAGUGUAGUUGUUUCUUCAAGUGAUGUAUGAGAAGUGGCCCUUUCAUACGCAGAAGGGAAUGUCUUCAGUUAGUAUGUCACCCUCAAAGGAGAAAAAAUGCCAAUGUGGAGUUCCAAUGUCUAGGCUGACUGCUUGGACUAGGGAGAACCCAGGACGCAAGUUUAGGACCUGCAAAUUCUAUGAUCCUGUGACUGAGUCAAGGGGGUGUAAAGCUUUUGAGUGGGUGGAUCAACCAGAUGGAACACCUUGGCAAACAGAGGUGAUUAACAACUUGCUGCUGGACAAGAAACUAAUGAAGGGAGAGCUGAAUGACAUGAAGAGGGAAGUUGAUGAUGUUAGUGGACAAAGGAGGUGCUUGCUCAAUGAGAUUGACAGCUUGAAGAUGAAAUGCAAAGCUCUUAGCUCAGACAGGAAGAAGAUGAUCAAGGAAGUGCAUGGCAGUAAUGCAACAACAAAGAAAAUGCUCACAGUACAUGCUAUUGUUGUGUUUUGUUGUUUUGGUUUGGUACUGGCUAUGUAUUUUAGAUCUUAGGUUCAUUUAGGAAUGCUUAGAAACAAAAAAAAUCCCCAACUUAUGUUGUGUUUUGUUGAAUUAUUAUGUGUGGAUGUUGGGAUGACAUUUCUUGUACUACUUUUAACAAAAUCAAUGAGAAAUGGAACUUUUUGGUAGAAACAUAUCACAAUUCGUAUUAGUACUUGCAACACAAUGUUUGAAAUUGUUUUACAUUGGCUGAGACAAAAGUUAAGGCACCUUUGUGCAAAAUCAUUGUUCAACUAUCAUUGUUCAACUACCAAAUAAACUUGGUUGUCUAUUAC